AUGUCUUACAGCUACCUCUUUAAAUGUGUGGGAAAGUCAUGUUUGCUGCUGCAGUUCACCGACAAGCGCUUCCAGCCUGUGCACGACCUCACCAUCGGCGUGGAGUUCGGAGCCCGCAUGAUCAACAUCGACGGCAAGCAGAUCAAGCUGCAAAUCUGGGAUACGGCGGGCCAGGAGUCUUUCCGCUCCAUCACCCGGUCCUACUACCGGGGCGCCGCGGGGGCCCUCCUGGUGUAUGACAUCACCAGGCGGGAGACGUUUGACCACCUGGCCUCGUGGCUGGAGGACGCGCGGCAGCAUGCCAACCCCAACAUGACCAUCAUGCUGAUUGGGAACAAGGCCGACCUGUCGCACCGGCGUGCCGUGAGCACGGAGGAGGGUGAGCAGUUUGCCAAGGAGCACGGCCUGGUGUUCCUGGAGACCAGCGCCAAGACCGCGCUGAACGUGGAAGAGGCCUUCAUCGGCACCGCGCGCGCCAUUCACGACAAGAUCGCCUCAGGCGUGCUGGACGUCUCCAACGAGAGCUACGGCAUCAAGGUCGGGUACGGCGCGGGCGGCAACGCUGGCGCGACAGGGAUUGUGCGUCCCGGGGACGCAGCGGUGGCGCCCAGGUCGGGCGGCUGCUGCUGA